UUGGUUCUCACUGGCCCAAAGAGAGGGCUGAUGAUAUUUGAUUCAAUAAUUUUGAAGUUGAUCUCAAGGUCAAGGUUGUGAAUAGCAGAAAGGUCAAUGACAAGAGAGUUAGCAAAGGCCUAAUGGAGAUUAAUGGCAUCUCCAGACUGUCAUUUCCACCGAAAUACAAGGUUCAAACCGAAACGCUUGUCAGCAUGCACAGCACAUUGGAUUUAAACUACACGUUUGUAAGAAAGGCGGUGGAGGGCACCGUUGAGAUGAGGAUCCUUGAGGCGGGACCUGUUAAUUUCCAUGGGAAAAUCAUCGCUCGCACUAGCAGCUUUCCAUGUGACAUUAUGCUACAUGAUAGCAAACUUGCUGGGAUGCUAAUAGCUGGUGAGGGUGGGAUCCUGCAAACAGCGCGCCGCGUGGUCAGUGUCUCGGUUGAUGAGACGCUCCUGUUGACUAUUGCCACUGCUACAGGCGGUGUCCGCACUGUCGAGUUUACUCCAAAGCACGGCAGCUAUGAUGAAGAGAGAAUCACUUGCGGCGACUAUAAGAUGCUGGUGAAGGUCACUUGGUCCAUUGUGCAUCGCUGAUUCCUUAUGUUCCUGGUUGAACAUGCUAUAUCCAAAUUAAGAUGUGUGUGCUCUGUAUAUGUUUUCAUACUAAAUAUGUCUAUGCUUUUGGUGGAAGCUUAAUUAUCACUUUUUGUUACCACUCUGUUCGUUACAACCGAGUGA